CCAUCAUUCUGAGUUGAAUGCACACAAGUAUACGAAGAAUAAUGCGUGUGCGAGAGUUUUUUGUCAGUCAGAAUUAGUGCAUCAGUGGUGGUAUAUACAUACGAGGGAUACAUACAUAUAUACAUCUUCAUAAAGUGAGUUUGAAGAUGGCGGAUACUGGAAGCCAACAGUUCAAUGACGAGUGUUGUCCCAAAAAAACACAAAAGAUGGACAAUACACCUAAUGAAGUUGAGGAAAUAAACGAUACUAUUGACGAUGUAGACGAAUUUCUCCAAGAAGCGAAUUUUCAAGUGACAAAGAUACUGCGAAAUGACACAACGAAUAAACGAAUUGCAGUGCAAGGGUUAUUCAAGGGAAAGAACGAAGACGCUCUCAUUAUUUUAGAGAAAAAAAUAUUCCCAGAGGAACCAGAGGUUCUCCAACAGGGAUUUUUCGAGAGCAAUUCUACGUCAAAAAAAAUCUAUCGUAAUGAUGUUUAUCGUGGAUAUGAUUGGUUUCCAAUGCAACAACAUAAUGGAUUAAAUGUGUCAAUCACAUAUCCAGCUACGCAAAAGCACAUUGAAAAAUGGACACCACCGGAAUAUUAUUUGGUGGAAGAGACUCCAGAGUUAUAUGAAAAUGUAACUCUACCGAAGCUCCUCGAAGAGCCAUUUUCAUUGCAGUGGGUUGAUAAUAUUUUGAAUGGCACAGCUGAAGUGGACAGGAUAAUAUAUAACGACCCAGACAAGGAUCUAGGCUUUGUCUUGACAAAAGAUCUCAAAUGGGACGAUCAAAUUCGAACGCUCUAUUUAUUAGCGAUACCGAGACAAAGAAUACGUUCAAUUCGAGAAUUAAAUGAGACUCAUUUGCCAUUACUGAAAAAUAUCAGAGAAAAUGCUUGCAAGGCCAUUGAAGAGCAAUACAAAAUACCGAGAUCACAGUUGAAAAUUUUCUUCCAUUAUCAGCCAACUUUUUACCACCUCCACGUACACUUCACAAGUUUUGCAGUCGAGAAUGCCGGUGCCAUUGUCGAGAGAGCCCACUUGCUUACAACAGUGAUUAAUAAUAUUGAAAUGAUGCCAGACUAUUAUCAAAAAGCAGUCCUGUCAUUUCGGGUCCCAAAAUUAUCGUUAUUUACGCCGUACAGUGCCUACUUGGAGAAGAAACAACAGCCGGAAAAUCACGAGGUUGACUAAUGUUCAUGAAAGGGCAUUAAUUAAAUCAGUAGAAACGUACACUAUCACGUGCUUCAAAAUAAUUAUGGACAAUUGAAUUUUUAUUGACAGAAGACACUAGCAUUCCUCAUCUCAUUUGAAAAACAAAAGUAAAUUUUGGCAUCAUUAACAAUUAAUACUUUUGUACAAUUGUCGAAUUUAUAUUUUGAUAAAUAUAUAAUCUUCUCGUAUCUUCUGCAA